AUGGCUACACAGGAACAGGGCUCAAUGACAACAUCCACUGCCGCUGUAUCACAGCCAGUGCUGUCCUUUCCCGAUGCUUGCGCUCUUGAUCUCCUAAUUCCACACUCGUCCGACUUUGACAUUGAGAAUCACCUAAAGACUAAUUCACAACUUGUAUCUAGAGAUGCCUUGCUUUUUGAGGAGUUGCUGCCUGUAUAUCUUGUCCUCCGCAGUUCAUUGGCCUCGUUUCAGCACACACUCGAUCAUCUUGAAGUUUACAUAACCGCAUAUGCCACUCAACCCUCGCCUCCUCCGCGGCAACAGCCUGGUGCUGCUCCCACUCCUCAACAGCCACCUUUAAAACUUCCUCUGGACUCAAUCACUAUAAACCCCGAUAACAAGCCGACUAUUAUCCAUCUUCCCGACAGUGAGCCCGGAACAUGUGCAGUCUGGAAAUCCACGCUGUAUCUCCGAUUUCCACCUCAGAAACUUCAUCGUCCAUCUUUACAUCUCACAGCGUCGGCCAUCUUGAAGCCUGUCGAGCCACCAGCGCUUUCGACCGACUCGACUCAGGAUGAAUAUAUGACCAGUACAUUACCGACUUCCGAGAACCUGCUCCAGUCUUUGCAGCACACCUCUCAAUCAACUUCAAAACAGCCAUAUCUUCCAUCAUCUCGUAUUCACAAAGUGGCACCUCGACCAUCCUCAACAAUUCAAGAUACUCGCCCUUUGAGAACAUCAUCGAAACUUUUCCCCAUCUCUCCGGCAUUGGCCAUCAAGGUUCAUCUCACUCCCGAGCACUUCUCGGAUAUGCUUCUAUGUUUAGAUGUGGAGUCUGCCCGCCACGCUGGAUAUGGCGGUGUGCAUGUGGACGAGAUCAAGGCCGAAGGGACCAAUCUGACCGUGGAAUCGUUUUCGGCUGGAACUGGCGUACUCAAUUUACCAGUAAUGCUACAGACAGGAGACAGGAGCACUUUCCUGUACAAACUUGCGCGGACCAAAGACGAUACUGGAGCUCUAUCAUAUAACAACAAACCAAGCAGUGUCACGUUCUCAAUCCGUGCUGUUGCUCGCAUCAGCGACACAUGCAGCGCAGUGAUACAUGCUCGCUGGUAUGGAAAUGUGAACUUUCCUCCAUCACAGCCAAGCAAGCGGAUGUCGGUGCGACCUCAAAGUGUGGCCUCCAAUCUAGCUUUACAAGACAUCAACUCCCGACCCCUGAGCAAACGAAUGAGCUCCAUCACGGCUCGACCACUGAGCAGCACAACUCAAGCUGACUCUGCAGGUGUAACCUUUGCAUUCACCGCGCCCGAAAGAGUGGAGGAAGGCGAGACUUUUCAUCUUGAUGUAUUCGUUGUGAAUCGCAGUGCCAGGAGAAAGAGACUUGCCAUCGUGGCCAUCCCCAAGACUGCCAAAUCCGCCCAAUCGCAUCACGACCUACGUUUUCCAAAUGUUACACGACAAGACAGCCAUCACACUGCGGAGGCAGUAUCGGAUGAUCGCACGAUAUAUCAUAUGCAACACCAGCGCGAGGCCCAGGUGGCAGAAGUCGUAUGUCUAAAUGCAGAUGUGCGAGUUGGUCCCUUACCACCAGGAGCUUGUCAUAAUGUACAGCUGGAGUUCCUGACACUGUCGACUGGAUUGGUGGGUCUGGCUGCAGUGCAUAUGGUCGAUCUGGACACACGGGAGACCACCCAGAUUACCGAACUGCCUGACAUCAGAGUUCUUAAAUAG